CCACUCACGGCCUCGGACACGCGAAGAUGUACUAAUGGUCGUUCAAUUCGUGCGAGGGGCUUUUUCAACGUGCGGGGACGUGCGGGCGAAAAGUGAACCGCCGAGGCCGCGUGUCGGUACACAAAGAAAUGUGCGCCAGUUACAUCAUCGCCGCGAUCGGCACCGCCGGGCGUACAGUAUCGCGCUACACUCGCGCGGGAAACCGCACCAUAACUGCAGCUGCAUCUUUCACCGGGCAGUGUUCUGACUGCGAGGCGAAAAUCACAUACGCGAGCGCGAUGUGCAUCGGAACGCAGAAUCGUCCGUUUCUCGUUUUAACGUUCGUCGCCGAUCCGUCGUCCUCUUCCGUGCGUUUUAACGCGGACGCAACAAGCGUCCGCUCGACCGUCCGCGCAUUUAAUUAGAUUUCAUGCACACGCGCUAUAUUUUUCUGUUUAAAUGUGCGCAAUAUAUCGCCCCGACCCGCCUUCGGCGAGAAUUUACAUUCACGCGAGUGCAAGAAGAUAAUAAGUGCUGUUUAAGAAAACAAAAAGAGCCGUCUCUAUCGAGGAAAAGGAACAAUACCGUGACGCUGACGUAACGUGUUAGCUUGUCUCUCAGACAGACAACAGAUCAGACUGCUGCUUGCUCGUUGCGCAACGCGCGCCGCUGGUUUUUGUUAACAAAAAAGAAAGAGGAUAUGUGAAUCGCGCGUCGCUACCGAGCGUAAACGACGGAUAUCCUAACUGCGCGCGCGAGGCGUUCUCUGGGGAAUUAAUAUAGAUAGAUUUUAAUUACAUGUGCGUUUCGCGCGCGCGAUUCCGAGAAAAUGACCAGGAUUGAAACGACGACGGCGGGUAGACGUUGCUGCAAGAGUAGAAUACCGCCAACCGGAUAUUGGCUUCGUAGAGGCUGAAGGAGGCGCGUAGUUGUGUCGCGCACACAACGACAACGGAACGCGCGUAUUCCGUUCGCGAAAACACACCAGCUAUACCGUGCUCGACGCGCGUAUUACGACACAGGAAAAAGACAAGCCCCUUAUGAUACACUCCGAAACGUUUACGAGUUCACGAGGCUUGCUUCAAAGUAGCACGCUGGCACUUCGUGCCAAUUAAUUCAUAUUGAAGAUUGAUACAAUGAUUUAAUGGAGAGCAACAUUGCAGACGUUGAAAAACGCUUUAUCGGCGAUACAACAAUUUAUUGGCGUUACGAUAUAUAAAUCGUUAUACGUUAACAAUGAGAUAUUCUUUUAACACUACGCAGCUAUAUCUUCUUUGACGCCUAUCUGCGUCAUCGGUUAAUUCGAUAAUUUCCCGAUUUAUCAUGCAAAACGUAUGUACAUGAUACAACGUGAUACAAUGUAAGAAAUGUUGGCGUAAAAAGAAGGCAAUUGUUUUCUUGUCACUGUGUCUGUUUAAUCGCUAUUGAGAUCGGUAAAUUGAGAUGAAUCACGCCGUGUUCUGAACUUCGUCCGGUUGAUGCGAACUAGACCUCGCCGAUCACGCUCCAAGUUUGAGAGACUCAAGGUUCGCGCUGCUGCUAACUGCGCGACAUUUAAAUAAUCUUUAUUCAAGGGCGCGUCGUGCGGUCAAUAUUGGUCGCAGGAAAAAAAAGUUCAGUUUGAGUCAGCGUCAAUAAGUCGGCAAGAGGCUCACGAGGGAUCAUUGUUUGCGUAUGCACCGGUCGCUCGCAGGCAACACGCGCAACUGCACGCACGUGCACGCGUGUAUGCGUCAAUGUAUGCACGUACGUUUAUCUACUCGCGUGUAUAGAUGUUCGUGUGCAAGAAUAUCGGGUAGAAGGAGGUUAUCUGGUAACGCCGGAGACAGGCGGCCGGCCAAUAGUUGUAUACGAGCGCGAUCCACGACUGAAUGAACGCGCGAUUUCGCUUUUUCCCGCGCACGAGUGUCGAUCGAGGAGACACGCCGAUUCCGGAGAUUCCGUGAAAUCUUCCCAUAGAAUCGUUAAAUGAAAUAGAUCAUCGAUCUAUCUGUGCUGUGUGCUAUCAUGCCGCAGGAGAGCGAGAAGAUCGGCAACGGCGCCGGGUCGACGAUUCUAACGAAAGAACGCUACGGUCCUUCGAUCGAAAGUGACGCGGAGGCACAGAGGACCCUUGCCAAGGAGAAGCCCGAUGUCAAGAGGCAGGAGGAUCUAGAGCUUCGCAAGGGUGCCGACGACAUGCCGGAACUCAAGGAUCAAGAAUUGGAGGACGACGAGCAGAUCACUCUGGAUCUGUGCGAGCCGCCGCCGGAAGUCAUGGAGUACGCCAGAAGGGAGUUAGGGGAGACCGACGAGGUCAAGUGUCAGACGCUGCAGGAGUUCCGCGAUAUGAUCUACGAGACAGGCGAGUGCAUGCCGCACAGGAUGGACGACGAUUUUCUCCUCAGAUUUCUUCGCGCUAGGAACUUUAACAUAAAGAGCGCACAUAAGCUGAUAGUGAAUUACUACAACUUCAAAGAGGAACACCCGGAGAUCCAUCAGAUGAUGAGCUCGACCGAGAUGAGGUAUAUAGGUGACGACAACGUGAUCACGGUGCCGCCGUAUAGAACCCAGUGCGGCAGACGCGUAAUGAUCUAUCGUUUUGGCAAUUGGGAUCCGCGCAAAUAUUCCACCGAGGAGCUCUUCAAAGCCACGGUCGGGAUCCUCGAGCUCGGCAUCCUCGAACCCAGGGCGCAAAUUAUGGGCGGCGUCGCCAUUUUCGAUUUGAAGGACAUCUCCAUGACACACGCGUGGUCCGUGACGCCUCAGGUGGCAACUAUGAUGCUGUCUCUGAUGGUGACCGCGUUUCCCAUCAGGAUACACGCGCUACACAUCCUCCAUCAGUCGUGGGUCUUCGACGCGAUCUUCGCGGUCUUCAAGCCGCUGCUCGACGCCAACAUGCGAAACAAGCUGUUCUUCCACGGUAGCAACUACGAGAGUCUACACAAGCACAUAUUGCCCGAGUACCUGCCGAAGGUGUACGGGGGCACGAGGAACGAGCUGCCCUAUUACAAGUGGAUUGCAGCCAUAAUCAAAGAUCAGAAGGUCGUCGAGGAGAUGAAUAAAAUGGGAUAUUUCGUCACGGACGAUAUUCGCGACUCCUUCAUUCAAAAGUAAAAUCGAUCAAAUCCUGGGGAGAGAACGGGGGGGCUUCAGGGAAACUUUAAAAUAUGCAUGGUAUUCUUUUGUAUACAUGAUAUUACUUAGCAAUUAGUUCGCACGCUCUUAUCAUUAGUAUCGCCAUUUAGUCUCUUAUUACCGUAUCUUUUUGACUUUUCGAUUAAGACACAAGACGUCUUGAAUGCGUUUUGCGUAGAUUAUUUUACGUUAUUUUUAGAUAGAAUUUUAAACGCUUUAUAUUAUUUAUAUAUCCAAGAUAUAUCGUACUUGUGAUUAUGUAUUCAAGGUUGGUAGCUAAGGCCUUAAAUAAAAGUUUUACCACGAUCAAAUGGA